AUGGAAUAUAUUUUAAACCUCUGCUUUAUCCUUACUAGUUUUUAUUCAUUUUGUUAUAAAAUUUUGUAAAUAAAAGCUGAUUUUUAGAGUUUCUAAAUCCUUAUUAAAAUCUGCAAUACUUUAUCAAAUAUUUUAGAAGCAAUUCUUGAUUUAAACAAUAAAAUUACUAAAUUCUUCAGUUCUUAAUACUCUCUUUAUAUUUUUUUGAGGAUUUGUUAUAUAAACAACACUAAAUUUCUAAUAGGUUGUGAUAUGAUACAAAAGGCUCAAUUCAUUCUACCAAUUAUAAAUUACAAAAUCUAAAUAUUCAUUACAAUUAUGGUAGCCAUAACUUAUUGGCAUACUCCUUUAUCUUUAAUUUCAAAAACAAUAGGUUUUUCAUAUCAAUUUCUACAAUAAAUUUGGGAGCUCACUCAAAUCUCAUUAUCCAAUUAGACAAAUUUAUGA